GCUUACACCUAUGGAUGGCUCUCCACUUUCUGAUCCUACUCGCUAUCAGCAAUUGGUUGGUAGUUUGGUUUAUCUUACUACGACACGCCCUGAUAUAGCAUAUGCAGUUCACAUUGUUAGUCAGUUUAUGGCUGCUCCUUGAUGCACUAAAAUCACCCUAACAAGUGUACUAGUCGCUCCAAGUAAUAUAAUGAUGAAUAGAGU